AGCCCCGCCUCCUUCCCAUCGCUCAUGAUCGCGUCCUGCAGAGAGCACUUCCUUCUACGUUAUCUGACGCACAUCCUUCCCCGCCUAGCGGCGGUCUGACCAAUCCGCGGCGAUCCUUUGCAGCUGACGAUGGCAGUGACGUGGGGUGUGUGAUCUCGGUGCUGAGACGGGAAGAAGAAGAGCGAGCACCCGGCAGCCGUACCUCCCUUCUUCCUGUGCUCUUGUUCUCAUCGCCCGGCUCCAUGGCGAGGCCGCCUCUCCCAGUGUUGGCGGCUCUGCUCUUCCUAUGUGCUCUCCCAGGACUGAGCCGGGCCGUACAGGAAGAUGAAGGAACACACAGGGAGCCGCCGCUGCCGCAGAGACCGGAGCCGGUGGCCCGGGCGGAGAAAAUACCAAGUCCGCCCCCUGCUGUACAUGAACAGAACAUGGCGUUUACUUCUUCUGCUAACUUAGGAUUUAUCCAUGCCUUUGUAGCUGCUAUAUCUGUGAUAAUUGUUUCAGAGCUGGGAGAUAAGACCUUUUUUAUUGCUGCCAUAAUGGCGAUGCGUUAUAAUCGCCUGACUGUGCUGGCUGGAGCUAUGCUGGCGUUAGGACUGAUGACUUGUUUAUCAGUUCUGUUUGGAUAUGCUACCACAGUCAUCCCCAGGGUAUAUACAUACUAUGUGUCCACUGCACUCUUCGCUAUAUUUGGAAUUCGAAUGUUAAGGGAGGGAUUAAAGAUGAGUCCUGACGAAGGUCAGGAGGAGCUAGAGGAAGUGCAAGCAGAAAUUAAAAGAAAAGAUGAAGAAUUUCAGAGAUCUAAACUCCUGAAUGGACCUGGAGAUGUGGAAACAGGAGGGGGACCCAAUGUUGCCAAAAAGAAAUGGAUGAACUUCAUCUCUCCGAUCUUUGUCCAGGCAUUUACCUUGACCUUCUUGGCAGAGUGGGGGGAUCGAUCACAGCUAACAACCAUUGUCUUGGCAGCUAGAGAGGACCCUUUUGGUGUUGCUGUUGGAGGAACCAUAGGUCAUUGUUUAUGCACUGGAUUAGCGGUUAUUGGAGGGAGGAUGAUUGCACAAAAAAUUUCAGUGCGGACUGUGACAAUCAUCGGUGGAGUGGUGUUCCUGGCUUUUGCUUUCUCUGCUUUAUUUAUAAGUCCAGAUUCUGGUUUUUAGCUCUUUUCUCGGUUAAAUAAGAAAUCAUGGAAAAAGACUCCUUUUUUGUACUGUAAUAGUGUCUGUAUAUAAUGUACAAAUUGUAGCAAGGGGAGAUGUCUGCUGUACAGAAUUGCUCAAUCUGUGUGACUUUUUCUGAUCGAAGUGCUAAGGUAUUGACUGUACAGGGCCAUUUGUUUUUUUGUUUCUUUUGUGAAUUCAGUAAGACUUAUGGAAAGGCUAUUUCCACCUUCAAUGUUUUUACAGCAUUAUUUGUGUUCAAAACCUAAAUUCCCCUCCGUCAUGGCCACUGUAAAAGAAUGAAGUAUUCGGGAGGGACAUAUGUAAUAUUAGAUAGAUGGCAGCUCCACAGUACUGUAAGUGUGGGAAUUAUUGGCUUGGAGGAAAGUAAGACAAUUCUACAAACUGGUGAUUCAUUGCUUGAAAGUCCUGGACUAACAAACUUUUAGGAGCUGUCCCUCUCUUAUUUUUGGAAUGGUAUUAGCUUCUGAUAUCUGAAACCCUAGUUACCAUUACUUGCAUAUUUUAACUAGAAAUAAUUGUUUUUAGGUCACACAGCCUCUGUGAAGACCACUUUAUCAGUUUUGGUUAUUCUGUAGCAUUAGGAAAGCUCCCUGUUUAAACAUCCUGAGGAGAUUGAGAUAUUUCCUAGAGCUUUCUAUACAAUCCAUACUUCACAAAGUAAUUACCGCUGGGAUUUUCAAGUUGUGAAUCUUUGACAGUAAUUUGGAUGUCGCUUACGUCCCACAACAUGAUGGAUUAGCACGGAGUUGCUUUUUAAAAAUGGAAGUAGCCUUUAAGCUUUAGUUCUCCCCCACCCCCAGUGACUCCUCCUUUUACUAUUGUGCCUUUUUAAUGUGCACAGUAGUCAACAAAUAUGUUGUCAAUAUUUGACAUGUCUGAUCAGAUUUGGUGAUACUGGGAAAGCUCCUGAAUGGAGGACCUUUUUUUUAUUUUGCUGUAGGAAAUAAACAUCUUUAAAAAUUGUA